CCAUCGCCAGCCGUGAAUCGCUUUCGACACCGCAACAUCAAACUGCUUAUCUCCAUUGGACGUUCGUGACUAGUUCUUGCAUGGCGAGCUUCUGGGGCCACGUGCGAGUCACCCUAACUUGGCUGCUUCCGGUGUCCCUGGCAGCCGUGAUGGUGGUGCUGGUGGUGUUGUACGCGAUCAGAGAAGUUCCCCGUGUUGAACGGCAGCCACGCUUUAUUUCUACAUCCCCCAUGGGCGUCUACCACACCUGGGCGGCUAUCACUGGCGCCGAAUAUUGCGCAGGAACACCCAGGCGCAUUCUGGAGAUGAACGGGACCAUCGCAGACGUAACGGUGGCGAGCCAGUUGUGCCAGAGCGUGAUGAACCCGCACCAGUGCGGCCUUGGUGGUGGCUUCAUCUCCGUCUACUACAACCACGCCACUCGGAAAGCAAAGGCCUUCAAUGCACGCGAGUGGGCACCCUCAGCAGCCUGGUCCAACAUGUUUCUGGCUAACAGCACUCUCUCAUCUUACGGCUUUCUUGCAGCAGCGGUGCCAGGAGAGCUGAUGGGCUACCGAAGUAUGCUGGACAGUAUUGGCUCACGUGUUCCAUGGGCUGAACUGUUCAAGGACGCCGAAGCACUUGCACGCAACGGAUUUCCAGUCUACGCCGACUUGGAACGCUUACUCAAGCAGAAUGAAAAGGUCAUCACCGCUGACGAGGCACUGUGUGAGGUAUUCUGCAGCCGAUUGUACCCCCAGAACAAGACGACCAUGGUCAUCAACGAGACCCUCCGGAUGCCAGCACUGGCUGAUACCUUGGCUACCAUUGCACGGGAAGGCCAUCAAGCCUUUUAUGGCGGCUCCGUGGGCAAGAUGUUAUCUGAUGAUAUACGAAGAAAGGGUGGUCUGAUCACGCUCCAGGACCUUAGGUCUUACACCGUCAAGGUCGACGACGCAUUGCGUCGAGUACUCCAUGACAACGUGACCGUCCUGGCGCCACCACCUCCUGCCGGAGGCAUCUUGACAGCGUUCAUGCUCGCGGUGAUGGACAGCUACCGAAAUCCCGAGGCACCCACGGUAAAGAGCUUGCCCGACAACGACGAGACCUUCCACCGGCUCGUCGAGGUCACCAAGUUCGCCUUCGCCGGGCGUAUGGAAAUUGGAGACCCAGAGCAUAUCGAUAUUUCGGCCGUGGUGAAAAACAUCUCCUCUUCCUCGUUCCUCUCUGAGGUGCGCUCGAGGAUCAAACAAUACCCGGUAAGCGACUACCGCUACUACGGGCUGCGCUUCCAAGGCAGAGAGAGCCAUAGCUCGUGUCAGUUUGUCGUCAUCAUGCCGGACGGCGACGCGCUGGCUCAGAUGAGCUCCCUCAACAGAGAGUAA